AUGCCCUAUAGGCGUAUUUGGUCGGUUCUGGAUGUCUGUGAAGGUGUUCUUGUUCGCCUUUUGAAGACAGACCCACUGGCUCCCGUCCGUUGUGUAGCCAUCGUUCCUACUGCGUUGAGAGGCGAAGCUGUAGCCUACUUCCACGAUGAGAAGGGUCACUUUGCGGAGAAACGGAUGCUGGAGAAUAUGAAACAGGUGGUUUAUUGGCCUAAUAUGCAUGUUGAUAUCAAUGAGUACCUACAGAAGUGCCCUGGUUGUCUUGCUGCUCGUGCUGGUCGUCCGACUCCAUCCCCUUUGGUACCGGUACCGGUUGGAAGGCCAUGGCAUACCUUGGCUGUUGACUACUUGGAGAUCACGCCUGCGGUAAACGGUAAGAAGUAUUUGUUAGUCUUGCAAGACUACUUUACUAAGUGGGCUGAAGCUUAUCCGUUAGAGCGUGCUACGGUAGAAGAGACCUUACCUCAUCUCUUGAACCUCUUCUCUAAGUUCGGCCCUCCUGUCCGUAUUCACUCUGAUCAAGGUGCCCAGUUUGAGUCUGCCCUCUUUAAUCGGGUUAUGGAAGCUUUGGGUAUUAAGCGAUCCCGCUCGUCCGUUUACCACCCUCAAGGUAAUGGACUGGUAGAGCGAUUUAAUCGUUCGUUGUUGGAUAUGCUACGUCGUCAUAUUGGGAUCCCUGAUUGGGUCUCCCAUUUGCCUGCGUUACUUUGGGUUUACAAUACUUCUAUACACUCGGUUACUGGGUUCAGCCCCUAUAAGUUGAUCUUUGCUCGUGAUCCUCCCUCGGAUUUCUUGCCUAUGCCAAUGGCUGCCACAGAUCUCAUGUUUGACCCUGCUACCUAUGAGGCCUAUACUGAUGCUGUCCGUGCUUACUUAAUGGAUCAGUCGAUAUGGCUAUUACUCAAGCAGCGG